AUGUCAAAACCACUAUCUUCAACCGCUUCCGAUGUGAGCGAGGCUCAAGCUCCCAUCGCGAAGCCGACGUUAUGGAAUCGCUUCUCAACACACAUGAAAAGGUUCUGGUGGGCUUAUCUGAUCGCAUUCUGUGUCAUUGUCCUAGUUACCGUCCUUCCUAUUCUCUACGUCGGAGUUCCCAGAUUCGCAGAGAACUAUAUCAAUAAUUCUGCCUAUGGCUACGAUGGACUUGAAAUUACCAAUCCUCGGCCAACUGCCUUCCAUGUGAGGCAAAAGAAGUCUCUUCCGACAGGGGGCGCUGUCAGUGGGAGCGGGCAUUUGGACGCAUUCAACGCCACAUGUCGUCUGAAAGAAACAAACGAGGCCUUUGGAUCUCUCUCAGUGCCUCAAAUCGCAUUUGGAAAUGGCGCGUUCCUGAACAUUGACCAGGAUGUGGAGCUGUCCUGCGUCGACUGCAUGUCUCAAAUUGCCAAGAACGCCGCAUCUAAUAAGAGCUCGUCAUUGGUGAUGGAAGGUGCCUCAGAUCUACAUCUCGGGCGCAUUCCAACCGCCCAUGUGAAUAUUCGAAAGAACAUGCACGUAGGCAAAUAUCUCAACGGAAACGGAUCAUUCAAUAUCAGCAGCAUUGAUCUGCUGGAUCCUCCAGUCGAUGGCUACAAUUUCAAUGCCACGAUUACCGUGCGAAACCCCGGUGUUUUUAGCAUUGAACUGGGGCGUACAUCAUUCAACCUCACAAUGGGAGGCAAGGAUCUGGGCUAUGUCGUUCUUCCCAAUCUGUUUUUGGAGAAGGAGCCAAAAGAAACAGUUGUUCUUGGCUCGAUCGACAAAGGAAUGUUGAUCCACGAGGCAAUUGCGGGUGAUGAUGACUUUGGGACUGUGACGGUGGGCAUUCAUGGGCACAGCUGCUCAUACAAUGGAGUCGAAAUCCCGUACUUCACAGCGGCCAUCAAGGCCAUCUCCGCUCCUUCGAAGCUGGACUUGUUGAAAUAUGCAUCAAAACUCUUUACGUGA